AGUUGGCAAAAUACAAGAUAUGCCAAGUAAAAUAUGUCAAACUCUUGGAGAUGCUCUAAAAAGGCUUAUUUUACUCGGAUGAAUGGAUCAAUUGAUACUGCUAGGUUACUUUUGAACCAAGGAUUGGCAUUCCCGGGCCAUGAUGAGUCCAAGGAGUCCUACAACAAAUGGAAUUUCUUGGAAGUUUAUGAUUGCUUAGCAGACUAUGAUCCAGAAUUGCGCAAGGCAGUGGGUACUGCAGGUAAUAGUUCUAUGUUGGCUCCUGAAAUACAAAGGGACAUUGUUCAAUGUUUUGCAAAUGAAGUUAUACACUCUAUCCUUGAAGAACUUGGGGAUGAUGUGUUUUGCUUGCUAGUUGAUGAGUCAAGAGAUGUUUCUUGUAAAGAGCAAAUGGCUGUGGUCUUGAGGUAUGUUGACAAAAGUGGAAUUGUGAAAGAGAGGUUUGUUGGACUUGUGCAUGUGACUGAGACAACUUCUUCCUACCUCAAGUCAGCUAUUGAUUCUCUAUUUGCAAAGUUAAAGCUAAGCUUAAAACAAGUUAGAGGACAAGGAUAUGAUGGUGCUAGCAAUACGCGGAGUGAAUUUAAUGGACUACAAUCUUGGAUUAUGAGAGAAAACAAUACAACUUAUUAUGUUCAUUGUUUUGCUCACCAACUUCAGUUAGUCAUUGUGGCCAUUGUGAGAAAGCAUAAGGGCAUUAGUGAUUUUUUAACCAAGAUUUCCAUCUUAUUAAAUGUGGUGGGUGGAUCAGCCAAGAGGAAGGAUAUUAUGAGAGAAAUCAAUCAUGAACAAUUGACAAAGGCCUUAGGUUGUGGGCAGCCUGAAACUGGGAGAGGCUUAAAUCAAGAACAAUGCCUUCAAAGACCUGGAGAUACUCGUUGGAAUUCCCAUUAUAAAACCCUCAAAGGUUUGGUUGACAUGUUUUCUACAAUAAUUGAAGUGCUUAAAGUUGUGGAAAGGAUGAUAGAGAUUGGAAAAAUAGAGACCAAGCAUCAAAUCUGCUAGUCUAUUUCCAAUCUUUUGAGUUUGUCUUCAAUUUGCAUCUCAUGUUGAUUACAUUGUCAAUCACAAAUAUCUUGUCAUUAGCAUUGCAACGCAAGGAUCAAGACAUUGUGAAUUCCAUUAAAUGUGACGGGGGUAUAAACCCGGGAUCCCUAGCGGGCCGGACUCGUACGACCGGGAGCCCAGCAGGCUCGCUGGGCCACGAAACGCAACGGCCCACUAACCGGCACGGGAAGCUGCCUUCGCUUCUAAGGCAACGAGUCCCGUGCAGGCCCCAAGACGCCAUCUCUCCUUAUCUUGCGGCAAGAGGUUAGCCAGCAGGACCCCCUGACAAGGGAACAGCGCUGCUUACGCGGGCCUCGCGACACAACGGGAGGGGGCGUCCACAGACGC